AUGGCUAGAUCAGGAGCGACUCCAGGGCAAACACUAUCACAGAUGGAGUUGGCUCAAUUGGAUGCUGUUGCUAUUGCAGCUCAAAACGAAGAAUAUAUGGUCAAUAUGUUCACUAGGUGGAAGUUUAAUGCGAAAAUCAACCCCAACUAUAUCCUUGAUUUCCAACUCUAUACCGCCAGAUUCAUCCACGACCACGCUGGGUGGAUAAUCGUUAAUGACACUCGCCCUGUUAUUGAUACGCUUUCAAAGAUAAUAGCCAAUAGCGCACUUCUAACAAAUAGCUUCGCCAAAGAAAUCCUAUCAAAUAUUUUGAAGGGCACGAUUGGCGGCAGUGGGCACCAGGUCCUCGAGGCACAAGACUACGAGUCCGCCAUUGCCACAACCACAACUAUAGUGGAAAAAUUGUGGCUACAGGGGCACAUUACAAUAUCUCAAGCUCAACAAUGGUUAUUUUUCCAGUUUUGGAUGCGGAUGGAGCGAGAACUCGAAAAAGUAAUAACCUUUUCUCCUUCUCAGCUCAGUUUCCCUGAAUCAUGGCCAAUAUGUAUCGAAGAAAAAUCGAGGGAAGCUAAGGGAAACUCGUUUCGUGAAUCGUCUACUUCGAACUACUUCGAGAAAAGCUUGGAUCAAGGCAAAAUUGAACUGCCACCGUUUUCCGCUUUGUUCGCCAAAGUGGAGGGUAAGGGGGGCGUGGAUUUCUCACGGCAAAAUCAAAUGCCGCUCGUUGCGUCGGCCGCCACAUGCAUAGUGGACCGGCUGGCAGGCGCCGCGUUCGAGAAUCGGACGCCAUGCAAGGAAUCGGAAGCAAUCAAUGCGCCUUACGAGAACUCCCCUGAAAAAACCGCCGAUAUCGAUACAGCAGAUCAUGACAUCAGCCAGAUCUCGGAGAGAAAUUCGCCUGCACUAAGCAUAACAGACGACCAAAGCUGCCGACUCAGAAUUUCAAGCAGGUCUCAACUUUCACCUGCUGGCACAAAGAAACCCUCCCCGAGCAUCAUAGUGACGAGGUCAAGGCAUCAAAAGGAAAAGGAUAAAGAAAUACAGAAGAGUCAACCACCAGAGGCGGCCAAGAGGAAACGACCGACAAAGCCAGUCUUGUGCAGCGAUUCUCGAAAACGGCCGCAGAAGUCGAAGGUGGUAAUUAAAAAAGAGCCGCAAAUAUUGAUCACAGCUGAACGAAGUGGGCCCGGCUUCUCAAAAGAAUGUCCCUUCGCCAUCGAUGAUUAA